AGGUUUGUAUUUAUUGUAAAACAUUAUCUACUUCUAGAAUGACUCGAAUUUGCAUUUUUUUGAUUUGUGUUGCAUUUUUUGCUCUAAUUGAUGCACGACCAAAAAUUGCUCGGUUGAGAGAUUCAAAGAAAAACUCAGAACUUAUCAAAUUGAAUGACCAGUCAUUGGGGCAAAAACUUAUUAACAAGGCAAAAAUCCCUUUAGAUCAAGUGAAAAGUCCUAUAAAGAGUGAUACUUCUUCAAAAAAGGAACGCAAGUGCACAUCUGUUUUGCACUUUUGUUGGCCACCUGGAAAAGAUUCUGCGCCUUUAAGUUAACGAAUAAAAUAACAAGACCUUGAUACUGCUAUUUUUUACGGAGUUUUUUUAUAUAUUUGAUGAAAAGUUUUUCUGAUGU